AUGUCCGCACAAUACCAGGCAAAUGCGACAGUCGGACGUGGAUUCCUGAGAGUCGGGACUCACCGCCCACCAAAGGUGGGAUUAUCGUUCUUCCCGCAGCUCCAGGCGCUCCCCCAAGGAAUCUUUCGCUCUCCACGACAGCUAACGCGCGACGACAUUGAAAUAUUCGACCCUCUUCCCUUUCUCUCCUCGACUGGCUGGUGA